AUGCCACCUCUAAGCGAGACCAUCCGAAAUGGCAUCUCCGACUUGUUGGCGCGCACUCAACUCUGGCUCAACACGCCAAAUGGCCGUGGCGUGCUAAAGUGCACUGUUGCCUACACCAUCGCCAGCCUUGCGACUUUUGUACCGUUUUUGGCGAACUUUCUGGGCAAGCCGGAGGGUAAACAUGUCGUUGCUACUAUUACGGUGUAUUUUCACCCUGCGAGGUCGGUGGGGUCGAUGAUUGAGGCUAUCCUCAUUGCUGUCGUGGCGGUUGCUUACGCGGAGGCGGUUUCGCUGUUGUCAAUGGUUACUUCGGUCUUUUUCGGAUCGACGAUGCAUUUGGUGACGCUAUCGCAUGUUUUGGUUGUUGUGGUGUUUAUCGGUGGUGGGUUUGGCUUCAUGGGUUGGGUGAAACAGAGGAUGCUGAACCCUCUCGUCAACGUCGGCAGCACCCUUGCAGCUCUCGCGAUAAUCGGAGUCGUGACCAAAGAAAGUCACGUAAUGUCCAACGUAUUCUCUAAUGAGAAGGUACUCCAGGUAUUCAAGAUGCUCGUCAUGGGUAUCACGACUACGACAGCAGUCAAUCUGCUGCUCUGGCGAACGAGCGCCCGCACGUCACUGCGAGAAACGAUGAAUCGAGUCUCGAUACCACUGGGAGAUAUGCUAUAUAUGAUUAACAACAGUUUCCUCAGUGGAUCGGAAGAAGGUCUGGUGUCGGAUGGAUUUACAGCAGCAUCGACACAUUAUGCGAAAUCCUAUUCUCAAAUGAUGAAGGACAUGAGAGAAGCGAAGUUUGAGCAUUAUUUCCUUGGACAUGAAGAGAUUUACGAGCAUGAGAGGACUGUUGCGAGAUCUAUGGAGACCUUGGCACAGGCGCUGGGUGGUUUGAGGAACGCGACGAACACUCAGCUUGAACAGCUCAAGCAUCCCAAGCCACUGAGUCCAAGAGCAUCAGGCACGGCUUCACCUAACACGGCGCGACAGCUGUUCGAGCAGUUUAACCAAUCGAUCAAUAUGUCUAUGACAGGUGUGCGACAGAAUCUUUGCAGAAUUCUUCACGAGCCACAGUUUGGACAACCGCCCAGCUACGAAAUUAACGUCGAUGAGGAUCUACGGCGCAAUUUGAUGGACUCGCUGAGUACCUUUGACACAGCCAGAUCAGAUGCCUUACAAGGACUCUACGAUCGAAUCGAACAAAUGGCUUCAUCUCACGAAUCAACACGCGCUAAUCUGGAAGAAGUCGCUGCAGCGUGCGGCCACUUCACCUUCAGUCUUCAAUCCUUCGGCGAGGACGUUCUUCAGUACCUCGAUGUUCUGGAUGAUCUCGAGUAUGUGAUCAUACGCAAGAGUCGGAGUUGGAGAUGGCUGCUCUGGUGGAAGACAGGUGCUGAAGAAGAUCGGAAUAAAGCGAUCAGAUUAUUUGAGUCUGCAGAGGCUGCUGAUUCACUGAUGCGAACGAGGCAGAGGUCUGUUAGUGUACCUGAUGGUUCAGCUGCAGUACCUGCGCCGGUGGAUUUGAGGACGUGGUAUAAUGCGCCGGAUCUGAAUAAGAUACUGGCUUGGUUCUGGAGAAACAUCUCUGCGCUUUUCAAGAAGAUGGCGCGAGACGAUAUUCAGUUCGGCCUCAAAGUUGGAAUUGGAGCUGCUCUAUGGGCUAUGCUAGCCUUCCUUGAGGAAACAAGAGAGCUAUACACCGAAUGGCGUGGUGAAUGGGGUCUUUUAUCCUUUAUAAUCGUGUGCAGUUUCACUGUUGGAGCUGCCAACACCGUUAGUUUGGCUCGUUUCAUCGGAACGAUAUUCGGAGCUGUGUUCUCCGUGAUCAACUGGAAGAUCAGUCAUGGUUACGCCUUAGCACUGAUUCCUCUUGGCUGGCUGACGAGUUUUAUCAACUUUUACCUUGUGAUUCAGCAUGGGAAAGCUUCUCUUGGGCGAAUCAGUCUUCUUGCGUACAAUGUGUCGACACUGUACGCAUAUAGAGUUAAGAGGAAGGCGGAUGGGAAUGAUACGACGGAGGAUGGACAGUUCAGUCAACCUGAUAUCAUGGAGAUCGCCAAACGCCGAGCCAUUGCCGUUACAGCAGGUAUCAUUUGGGGCCUGGUGGUUUGCCGACUCAUAUGGCCCAUAUCAGCCCGCCGAAAGUUCAAAGAGAGUCUGUCAGUGCUUCAUCUGCAGAUGGGUCUGAUCUGGAAGCGAGGGCCCCUCACCGUUCUUUUUCGCAGUGAAGGUUCUCAAAGCUAUCUCAAGUCAGGUGAACAGGCUGCCUUACAAAGAUACGCCGCGAAUCUGGAUAGUUUGAGACUUGCCGCCGCUUCAGAGUUCGAGCUACGGGGCCCGUUUCCUAUGGAAGUUUAUGGUCGUGUUCUGAAAAGCACUAUGCGUAUCCUCGAUGGUUUUUACAACAUGAGUCUCGUUGCAUGCCGAAAGGGUCAUCUCACAGAAGGUGAGAGGGCAUUACUUGAGUAUACAGCCCGUGAGCGCGCUAUUCUGUGCGACCAUAUCUGCCAGGCCUUUCAGGUAGUUGCCAGCUCAACGAUGUUGGAGUACCCUUUUGCAGACGCUACACCAAGCAUUGUAUCGGCACGCGAGAACUUGUUGAGCAAGAUCUUUGAGUUCAGAAAGGAACAUCCUCGCAGAUUGAUCAACGAGGGUGGUGAGAGCAGUGAAUCAAGUCAGCUACUUGUAGAGGAGAAAGAUUAUGCACUGCUCUACGCAUAUGCGCUUGUUACUGGGCAGGUUGUCGAUGAACUACGGUUGAUUGGAAAGGAGAUAGGGAGUCUUUUCGGUGUUUUGGAUGAGGAUACCCGGCUUUUGCAGUAA